AUGGCCGCUUCUGGCUAUAUAUCUGCUGCCAACUUGAAUUGCCUUGUUGGCGCCAGAAACCUGUUCAAUCCCAAACUGGGUUCCGCAGAUGCCACAAUUUCGUUAUCGUUUGGUGGGAGCGACUCUAUGGGUUUUAGUGUUCGACCCGCGUCAGUUCGUGCUCCUAAGAGGAAUCAUUUCUCUCCUUUGCGCGUCGUUUGCGUAGAUUAUCCACGACCGGAGCUUGAAAGCACGGUUAAUUUUAUUGAAGCCGCGUACUUGUCUUCCACCUUUCGUGCUUCCCCGCGUCCACUACAACCCUUGAAGAUCGUUAUUGCCGGUGCAGGAUUGGCUGGUUUAUCAACUGCAAAAUAUUUGGCUGAUGCUGGGCAUAAGCCUAUAUUACUGGAAUCAAGAGAUGUUCUUGGUGGAAAGGUUGCAGCGUGGAAAGAUGAGGAUGGAGACUGGUAUGAGACAGGUCUACACAUAUUCUUUGGGGCUUACCCUAAUUUGCAGAACCUAUUCGGAGAACUUGGCAUUAAUGAUCGUUUACAAUGGAAGGAGCAUUCCAUGAUCUUUGCUAUGCCAAGUAAGCCUGGCGAGUUUAGUCGAUUUGAUUUUCCUGAAGUGCUUCCUGCCCCAUUAAAUGGAAUAUGGGCAAUAUUGAGGAACAAUGAGAUGCUGACAUGGCCAGAGAAAGUCAAAUUUGCAAUUGGGCUUCUGCCAGCUAUGCUUGGUGGACAGGCAUAUGUUGAGGCCCAAGAUGGUCUUUCUGUUAAAGAAUGGAUGAUAAAGCAGGGUGUACCUGAACGAGUAACUGACGAGGUAUUCAUAGCAAUGUCAAAGGCACUAAACUUCAUCAAUCCUGAUGAACUUUCAAUGCAAUGUAUAUUGAUUGCUUUAAACCGAUUUCUUCAGGAAAAAAAUGGUUCUAAGAUGGCAUUUUUGGAUGGCAACCCCCCUGAAAGACUUUGUAUGCCGAUAGUAGAUCAUAUUCAGUCCUUGGGUGGGGAAGUUCAUCUCAAUUCACGCAUCCAAAAAAUUGAGCUAAAUGACGAUGGAACAGUGAAGAGCUUCAUACUAAAUAAUGGGAAGGUGAUCGAAGGGGAUGCUUAUGUGUUUGCAACUCCGGUGGAUAUUCUGAAGCUUCUUCUACCUGACAACUGGAAAGGGAUUCCGUAUUUUCAGAGAUUGGAUAAAUUAGUUGGAGUCCCGGUCAUAAAUGUUCACAUAUGGUUUGACAGAAAACUGAAGAAUACAUAUGAUCAUCUUCUCUUUAGCAGAAGUCCCCUUCUGAGUGUGUAUGCUGACAUGUCAGUAACGUGCAAGGAAUAUUAUGACCCAAACCAGUCUAUGUUAGAGUUGGUUUUUGCACCGGCCGAAGAAUGGAUUUCACGUAGUGAUGAAGAUAUCAUUGAAGCCACAAUGUCCGAGCUUGCCAAACUCUUUCCUGAUGAAAUUUCUGCAGACCAAAGCAAAGCAAAGAUUGUCAAGUACCAUGUUGUUAAAACACCAAGGUCGGUUUACAAAACUGUUCCAAAUUGUGAACCUUGCCGUCCGUUACAAAGAUCUCCGAUUGAAGGUUUCUACUUAGCUGGAGAUUACACAAAACAAAAAUAUUUAGCUUCAAUGGAAGGUGCUGUUCUUUCAGGGAAGCUUUGUGCACAAGCUAUUGUACAGGAUUGUGAGAUACUUGCUGGUCGGGGCCAGAAAAGAAUGGCUAAAGCGAGUGUUGUUUAA